AUGUCUGCAUCGCAACUUUUGACCGUAUCCGUUCGUCUCCCUUCCAUGCGACAAAUUCUCGAUUACUUCUUUGGACUUGCUGUUCAUCUCUUCCUCUCUGGAACGUUCCUCGGCCAUCAGCCCCAGUGCGCUCCCUCCAAAUCAGCCUCACCGGAGCAUCCAAGGAGAAGACGACACAUAAGUGGUGGUAUACAAGUUAUGGCGCCUUUUGGCGGGAAAUCUUUAGUUGACGCUGUCUCUGGCAUCAGAGGCAAUGGAGUUGGCCGGGUUCUAGCCGCGGUGGCUGCCGCUAUGUUGGUCCGUUUGUUUUGCUUGUUUUCAGGACCCGGCAUCGCCUAUUACCCGAGAACGACGCCGACGGUGAUUUCUCUGAGACGGAAGGAUCAGGAGGAAGAUGGAGAUUUGUCUCCGAGGAAAGUUCGCCCAGUGACAAUCCAGUGGAGGAACAUCACGUGCUCGCUCUUGUUGACUGUGAGGGAAACGCUUUCUUUCGCAGCGGAGCUUCAGCUCCCGGAGAUCUCUUCUGCUGAGAAGAGGGAUGAGUAUGUGAACAACCUCUUGUUGUUCAAACUUGGUCUGGUGAGGCUUUUCAUUGAUCUCUGCAUUUUCGUAUAUCAAAAUCCUGAAAUCUGCUUCUUGAUUAUCCAUUUGUGGUUCUCCCAAAAGGCUGCUGCUGCUAUCUCAUUUUCAAUUGGAAACGAACGUCCCCUUAGAAGAUCCGUCUUCAAGCAGAACAAUAACAUAGGCUUCAACAGUGAGCCAUGGUCAUCUUCCUUAGCAUUGAACCAAAGAAUAACAAGCAUAGGGGAUUCAAAACGGUACACGAACUCAAGAAUAUGCAUGUCGGUUCAGCAAACAAGAAGCUCCAAGGUCUCUGUCUCUCCUAUAGAGUUGGAAGACCCUAAAGAUCCUCCAUUGCACUUGUACAAACCCAAGGAAGCUUGCACAGCCAAGAUCGUCUCCGUGGAGCGAGUCAUUGGCGCAAACGCCCCAGGAGAAACUACUUGCGAGAACGGCGUCUGCAGCAACUUCCUAUGUGAUUCAAAGCCCGGAGACAAGAUUCAAAUCUCUGGUCCAUCGGGGAAGGUAAUGCUAUUACUAGAGGAUGAUUCAAACGCGACGCACAUAAUGAUAGCCACGGGAACAGGAGUGUGGCCAACACGGAUAGUCUUUCUCUACGAUGAUGAGUUUAGCAAGUACUUCAAGGACCAACCGGAGAACUUUAAGUUCGAUAAGGCGUUGAGCAGAGAAGAGAAGAACAAGAAAGGUGGAAAGAUGUAUGUGCAGGACAAGAUUGAAGAGUAUAGUGGUGAGAUCUUCAAGCUUUUGGACAAUGCAGCUCAUAUUUACUUAUGUGGACUUAAAGGUAUGAUGCAUGGGAUUCAAGAUACGCUUAAGAGAGUUGCUGAGGAGAGAGGUGAGAGCUGGGACUUGAAGCUUUCUCAGCUCAAGAAGAACAAGCAGUGGCACGUUGAAGUCUAUUAA